AUGUAUCUGUCACAAUGUGUGCUAUCCGCAGUUCUCCUGUCCACAGGUGUCUCGGCCUUCUACCCAUAUCACUUCAACAGCCAAUCGUCUAGCGGGACCUCUGCCAUCAAUAGGAUCACCAGUCGAUUCUUCCCGUAUAAAUUAUCGAUUGGCUCCGAGGAUGGCGGCGCCAACCUUCAAACUUUGCCGCUGAAGAAGGUUCCAAAGCUGAGGCAGCGAGAUAACCACUAUGCCGUGGUGAUGGGAAACGCCCCCACGGUAGCAAACAGCAUGGCAAUCGACGAAGAUGGCCACGACUACUCGUAUUUCUCCGUCGUUAAUUUCGGUUCGAAGAAUAAGGAAAUGUGGAUGUUGUUGGAUACCGGUGGCACCAACACCUGGGUUUUCGGUUCCGACUGCACUGCACAGGCCUGUGAGGUACACAAUACCUUUGGAAGCGGUGAUUCGACCAGUCUGAAAACGACGGGCACCUCCUUCAACGUCGGUUAUGGCACCGGCACCGUCGAAGGAGUUCUGGCGAAUGAUACUGUGUCCUUUGCUGGGUUCAACCUGCAAUUGACUUUUGGCCUGGCCAACAACGCGUCGGACGAUUUCUUGAAUUACCCUAUGGAUGGCAUCCUCGGGUUAGGGCGAUCGGACUCCAGUGCGAUCGGCACGCCCACGGUGAUGGACGUCAUAGCCGACAACAAGUUCUUGAAGUCGAACGUCGUCGGCAUUAGCCUGCAGCGCAAUUCAGAUGGUACCAAGGACGGAGAAAUCACGUUUGGUGGUGUCGAUACCUCCAAGUUCCGCGGCGACAUCGUCUAUACCAGCACCAUCCCCAAUAAUGACCGCUGGGAAAUCCCCGUCCAGGAUGCCGGCGUCGAUGGGAAGGCGUGUAAUUUCACGGGAAAGUCGGCCAUCAUCGAUACCGGCACUUCCUACAUCUUGCUUCCUCCCGCCGAUGCGAGUGCCAUCCAUGCUCUCAUCCCCGGAUCUUCGCCCGCGGGUGAGAACUUCAACGUGCCAUGCAAAUCGACCGCGGAGGUGCAAUUUACUUUCUCGGGGAUCACUUACAGCAUUUCUCCCAAGGAUUAUGUCGGCUCUCCAGACAGUUCGGGCACGACCUGCGUCUCCAAUAUCGUUGGUGUCCAGACGUUCGGACCGAACGAUUGGCUGCUGGGGGAUGUGUUCCUGAAGAAUGUCUACACGGUGUUCGAUUACGACAAUAACCGAAUUGGCUUCGCUGGCCGUCCUGGUUCCACGGCUCCAACGGGGACUCCUACGACGUCCGCAACGACGGGAACUGUCAGCGGCAACCCAACUGCCGCACCUGCUUCCGAGUCCGGCACAGGCUCUACCAAUGCUACCCAAACCAAAGAAUCACAAACUUUCAAGAGUGCUGCCACGACUGCCAGAAUCGAUUCUGGGGUUGCUAUCGCUGCCUUGGCCAGUAUGCUAUGCCUAUCUCCCAUCGUAAGCUUCCUGUGA